AUGGCGAAGUCUGUGCUGGUUGUUGGCCAUGGUCCCAUCGGGCACUCCUUCAUUGAGAAGCUUGUGGCAGCAGAGGCGAACUACAAGAUCUCCGUGUUGUGCGAGGAGCCUCGACCUGCCUACAACCGUGUUAUGCUCACGCAGUACUUCGAGGAUCGGGAUGCUGCGAAGCAUGACAAGAUGAAGCUGUCCUACAUCAGCGAGGAGGACCUGAAGAGUCUGAACGUGGACCUUAUCUACGGCCGUGCAACAUCUAUCGACCGGGAUGCCAAGAAGGUCUCCUACACGGCCUCCAGCUCCCAGGAGGUGCUGACAGCCGCCUACGACAUCUUGGUCCUCGCAACUGGCAGCUUCUGCUUCGUGCCGCCUGUGCCGGGCAUGACGAUCCCAGAGAAGAAGAACAUGAACUGGCCUGAUGACCCUGCCUCCCGGCCUGAGGGCGUCUAUGUGUACCGCACCAUCGAGGACUUGGAGUCCCUGCUUGCGGCGGUCAAGAAUGGAGCCAAGCGUGCGGUGGUCAUUGGCGGUGGGCUCCUGGGCUUGGAGGCUGCCAAGGCCGCGUAUGACCUGAAGUUGGACAGCCAUGUCCUGGAGAUGGCGCCCUACCUGAUGCCUACCCAGCUCAACGAGGCUGCCGGGCAGGUGCUGACUAAGAAGAUCGAAGACCUGGGCGUGCAUGUGCAUUGUGGUGUGCAGAUCAAGCGCGUGGUGCUGGAGGGCGACAAGGUCACGGGCAUUGAGUUCCUUAACAAGGGAGCGGAGGAGCCCACAGUGCUGGAUGCCGACCUCAUCAUCGUCUCCUGUGGCGUCCGGCCACGCGAUGAGCUGGCCAAACUCUGCGGUCUGGAGCUGGGUGCGCGAGGAGGUGUGAAGGUGAGCACAUCGCUCCAGUCCUCAGACAAAGACAUCUACGCCAUCGGUGAGGUGGCAGCCAUCGGCGGCUCCUUUUGCUAUGGCCUUUGGGCUCCAGGUGUUGAGCAGGCCGAGACCUUAGUCCAAAACCUUCUGGAGCCUGGCAAGGCCGAGUACACGGCAUCGGACCUGAGCACCAAGCUGAAGCUACUGGGAGUGGAGGUGGCCUCUUUUGGUCGCAGCUCCGACUUCUGGUUCCAGCGCCAGUUUGACGGAAAGGAUCCCAACGUGAAGUUCAUUGACUGCAAGGAUGAUGUAAGUGACCACUACCGUCGCCUGGUCUUCUCCAAGGAUGGCACCAAGCUCAUGGGCGGCGUCUUAGUUGGUGACGCCAAGGAUUACUCCAAGCUGCUGCAGCUCAGCAAGAAGGAUGACUUGGGAGGCAGCGAUCCAGCGUCCCUGGCCUUCAAAAGGCCGCCGCCCGGUGCCGUGGCCGGUGCAGCCGUGGAUGGCGGCGACGGCACUGGCCUUGCGGACGACGACAUGAUUUGCACUUGCAUCGGCCUCACCAAGGCCCAGGUUCGACAGUCAAUCAUCGACAAGGAGGCCUACACCGUGCCAGCCAUUAAGAAGGCCUGCAAGGCAGGCACUGGCUGCGGCGGCUGCGUCACUCCGGUCGGUGAGAUCCCCAAGCUUUUGGCCCACACCCUGAAGAAGCUGGGCAAGGCUGCUGCAUCCGGCAUUUGCCCUCACUUUAGCUACUCCAGGCGGGAACUCUUCGAUAUCGUCAAGAUCAAGGAGCUGAAGUCUUUCGAGGAGAUCCUGGCCACCUGCGGCAAGGGAAGUGACGGCUGUGAGCUUUGCAAGCCCAUCUGCGCCUCGAUCCUGUCCAGUCUGUGGAAUGACCACGCGCUGCAGCAGGGACGGGAUCAGAUCCAGGACACCAACGACCGCUUCUUGGCCAACAUCCAGAAGACGGGCACCUACUCCGUGAUCCCACGCUGCCCCGGCGGCGACAUCACGCCCGACACGCUGAUGGCCUUUGCCAAGACAGCCAAGAAAUACGGGCUCUGGACCAAGAUCACAGGGGCGCAGCGCCUGGGCAUGUACGGUGCCCAGGUGCAGGACCUCCCAGACAUCUACAAGGAGCUGGUGGACGCUGGCAUGGAGACUGGGCAGGCGUACGGAAAGGCGCUCCGAACGGUGAAGAGCUGCGUGGGCAGCACUUGGUGUCGCUAUGGCCAGCAGGACUCCGUGACCAUGGCUGUUGUCCUGGAGAACCGCUACAAGGGCCUCCGAGCUCCACACAAGAUCAAGAUGGCUGCCUCUGGCUGCCUCCGUGAAUGCGCCGAGGCCCAGGGCAAGGACGUGGGAGUCAUCGCCACGCAGGCCGGCUACAACCUCUACGUCUGCGGCAACGGCGGCGCCAAGCCUGCGCACGCCAAGCUGCUUGCGACGGACCUCUCUGAGGAGACAGUGCUCACUUACGUAGACCGGUUCUUGAUGUUCUACAUCUCCACGGCAAAGCAUCUGCAGCGCACGGCACCAUGGCUGGCAGAGCUGGAGGGCGGCAUUGAGUACCUGAAAAAGGUGGUCAUCGAGGACUCUCUGGGCAUUGCCGGGGACCUUGAGGCCAUGAUGGAGAGGAACAGGGGCAACUUCAAGUGCGAGUGGAAGGAGGUGGCCUACGAUGAGGAGCUGCGCAAGAAGUUCAAGCAGUUCGCAAACACCUCUGAGUCCCAUGACUCUGAGCAUAUUGAGUACAUCGACAUGAGGGGCCAGCGGCACCCCAACACCUACAGCCCACCAGACAUCCAGGGUCCGGCGCUGUACUCCAAGGCCAACGCGGCAGAGAAUUGGGAGUGGGUCUUCGCUGGUGAGGCUGCGGACUACCCCAAGAAUGGAGGUCUCGCAGUCAAACACGGCAGCCAGGAGGUGGCUGUCUUCCACCUUCCGACGCAGGAGGCUGCGGAGGACCAGUGGCUCGCAACGCAGAACCUGUGCCCUCACAGGCAGGCCCGGACCAUGUCCAGGAGCUUGGUUGGCCAGCUGCCUUCUGGGGUGCUGACUGUUGCGGAUCCCAUUUACAAGACCACCUACAACCUUCGAACAGGCGAAGGCAUUGCCAACUCCAACUUCAACCUCUCCACCUUCCCCACGAAGCUGGAGGGCGGCAAGGUCUUUGUAAAGCUGCCGCCCAGCACAGAGAUGGAGGCGGCCUUCGAGAAGGUUAUCACGGCGGCCUACCAGGCAGAUGGCCGUGAGUACAAGAAGAAGACGGGGGGCGCCCUUCCCGCAGUCAAGGACCUGUCCUGGUGA